AUGAUUUCAUCUUAAAAUUUCGAAAGUGACCCUUAUACACUUAUUACAACUAAAAGAUAAAUAUUUAGUUCUGAAAAUGAAACUAAUUUGCAUAAGAUAAAUAAAUAAAAUUCACUGAUUGAUUAAGCCGAUAAUUUAAGUUAAGAAAAGUAAUUAAUUUUAAUAUGUGAAAGAAGCAAGAAUAUGAAUUUUAUUGAGUUGAUUUAAUCUAGAAGUUCAGUGAUUCCAACAGUUAAAGUAUUAUCACCAAGAAGUGAUGAGAUAUUAUAAAAUGACGAUGGGUUUUAUAUGUAGUCAAGUAGGCAACUUAAUGAAGGGUAAAGUAUUUUUUUUAAUAGAGAGUAUGAAUAAAGUUUGGUAGAAGGGAGGAUUAAAAAUUAUAAAAUACGUUGCUAGAUUCAUAUAUUAACUAAAAACUAAAGCAGACAAAUUAAAAAUAAAGUUAAUGAAUAAUGAAAUAUUUAUAAAAUUAGGAGAUAAAAGCGCUGAUUUUUAAAAUUUUAAGAAAGGCAAUUAGAAAUAAAAAUUAAAUAAUUUAUUAUAUCGAAUUUUUAAUAAGAUGAUUUUCUAAAUUAUUUAACUAUGGAAUUUAAUAAGUUAAAGUUUAAAUAAAAUAGCAAUCAUUUAUCCUGAAAGUACAUUCAAAAUUAUUUGGGAUACUGUUGUGGUAUGUUUCAUAGUUAUCAAUAUAUUUUUUAUUCCAAUGAGUUUAAGUUUUGAAUUAGAUAAAUCUAGUUAAAUCUCUACCUUAUUUUUUGAAACUAUUCCCAGUUAUAUUUUUAUUGUUGAAAUCCUUUUGAACUUUAAUACUGCCUAUUAUAGUUAAGGAAUUAUUCAUACCAAUAGAAGUGACAUCUUUUUUCAUUAUAUAUCUAACAAUUUCAUUUGGGAUUUACUUAUAGCAAUACCUUUUAUUCUAGCAUAAUUCAAUAUACCUUAUAUUUAAUUUAUUUUGCUAUUACGAAUAGCUAGAGUGAGAUCUAUGAUAUAGAAUGUAGAAGAUCUAUUAAAUGCCAAAGAAGAAGUUUAAGCUGUUAUCGAAUUAGGAAAACUAGUCUAUUUUUUAGUUUUAGUUGCUCAUAUGUGCAGUUGUGGUUGGCAUCUAUUGGGUAGAAUUGAAUAUGAAAUUUAUCAAGAUGAAAAUAGUUGGCUCGUUUAUUACAACCAUUAUGAUAAAUAAUGGUAUGAUAGAUACAUAGUCUCAUUAUAUUGGAGUGUAAUAACAACUUUAACAGUAGGCUAUGGUGACAUUGUACCUUAAACUACAAUUGAAAGACUUUAUGUAGUUAUUGUAGCUAUGGUAUUAUGUGGAGUAUUUGGUUAUAUUAUUUCUAUGAUAGGAGAAAUCUUAAAAACUUUAGAAGAAAAGAAAGCAUUAUUAAAAAAAUCUAUGAAAAAAGUCAAUUAAUAUAUUAAAUAAAAGCAAUUAAAUUUAUAAUUAUCUCUUAAGAUUAGAAAAUAUUUUGAGUUUAAACAUCAAAUUGAUGAAUAAUUAUAAGAUUAAGACGAUUCUGUUUUAAAUAAAUUAAGUGGAUCAUUAAAAUAAGAAGUAUUAAUUGAUAUAUAUAAACCAAUUCUAAUGAAAUCUAAAUUUUUAAAAGAGAAUAUUCCAGAAUAUUUAAUAAACAAUUUAUGUCAAAGGAUUAAAUAGGCUACAUUUGCUCCAGGAUAUGAAAUAGUUAAUGUUUAUGAUCCAGCUAAUAAAUUAAUAUUUAUUUUAGAUGGUCAAGUUAAUAGCUAUUUUAUAUCUAAAGGACUUGAUGCUUUAUAAAAAAAUGAAAAAGAAACUAAUUCUGCAAUGAUGUAAAGAAAUUAUUAAAGAGGAGAUAUCAUAGGAGAAUUAGAAUUUAUCAUUAAUUCAUCAUAUUAAUUUUACUUUAAAGCCCAAACAGUUUUGUCAAUUGUGUAUAUUGAAAGAAAUGACUUCUUAUAAGUUAUUUAAGAGAAUGAAGAAUGUCGAUAAAAAUUUCAUUAAUUGAGAGAAAAGCUAACCUAUCAAAAAACAUAUGGUAGAACUUGUGAUGUUUGCAAAUGGACUCAUAGAUAUAAAGAUUGUCCAUUUGUAUUUUAUCAAACCAAUAUUUAUAAAAUAGCAAGAAAUGCAAAUACAAGUCUUUAUCAAUCAAGACUUAAAUUUGAUAGACCUAGGGAUUGUAAAAAAAAAUAAAAUACUUUUGAUUAUUAAAAUAUUUUAAAUUAAGGUAUUGAUUUUAUUAUCAAUUAUGGAUAUUUAAAUGAGGAGUAAAUAUAUUUAUCAAUAUUUUAGUUAAUUAAAUGAAUCAUAUCUCAUUAGAUUAGGUUUAGAUAUUUAGGGAGGCUUUAAUGAAAAAUCUAAUUAAUCUUAGGAGAGCCAAUCCUAAGAUUCUCAUUAAUAGGAUAAUCAUUCUAUAGCCUAAAGGAAAGGAUCUUCUUAAAUUGAAAAAAUGAGAACAAGUUUUAUGAAUUAGAAAUUUAAAACUGGAUUAGGUUAAAACGCUAAUUUUACAAGAAAUUAAAAUUAAGAUGACGAUUCAAAUGGAGCAAUAUAGAAUCCAUAUAUUUAAUAUUAACGUAAGACUGAUAAUGAAGUUCAAAUUGAUCCUAGAGAACAUUCUUAUUCUAAUGCAUUUUCUAACCAUCAUAAUCUAACCAAUAAUACAAUAAAGCAUAAUCCAAAUCUUUAUUCAUAAGGUAAUGUAAGAACUUCAGUUGCAAAUCAUAUAGCAAGAACUGAAACUUCAAUGCCUAAAAAGAGUCUUAUAAGUUAAUAAUAGAAUAUUCAUCAUUCUGUGAAAAUAACCAACAAUAAUAAUAAUGUAGAAAAUGAGAAUGAUAAAAAUCAAUUGCCAAAUUAAUUCUAAACUAAUGGAACCAUUUAUUAUAUUCCAGAUAUAGAGUUUGAUAAAAUGAAAAAUUAUGACUGUUAUUUUCCACAGUUUAAUGUUAUAAAUGUUUUAGAGAAUUUGAAAAAAUAUCGUCUUAAUUAAUUUAAUGAGAACAAAAAAAGAAAUAUAAAAGAUAAACUAAAGUCUAUAAGAUUGAACAAAACUAUAAAUAAAUGCUUCAAUUCAUCAUUCAGAAAUAUUGAUGAAAGUAUCUGA